AUGGCGCGCGGCAGUAUCCACUUUGGCCCGGCGGCGUCCACCGCGAGCGUGCCGGCAGAGGUGCUGGCCAGCACGCCCGACUACCCGUCGUACGUGGUUGGCUCCGUCGACCAAGGCACGGGCGAUGCCUGCCUGCUGGACGGAACCUGCUGCCUCGACAAGGACAACCAGCGUGCCGGCUCGUGGCGGAGCUGCGCGGGCGGCUGCGAGAACUCCGCCCUGCCCGAGCUGAACGUCGGCAGCGAGGCGCGGACCGACGUGGAGGGGUGCUGCUGGUGGGGUCGUGGCGCCAUCCAGACAACCGGCGUGUGCAACUUUGGCAAGCUAAACUACUUUGCGGGCAAGAAGGCGGCGCAGCGCGGCAAGGACGCCCUCUUCCCCGACGUCGACUUUUGCGCCAACCCGGGCGCGAUCUGCCAGCCCGAGUACCCGGAGCUGCGCUGGUUCUCGGGCCUCUUCUACUGGCUGAACGACGUGCAGCCGUACGACGUGCGCGGCGAAAGGUACCUCGACGUCCUAAGGGAUUGGGUGGACAACGGGAUGGACCCGAGCGACCACAGCCUCGUCGAUUUUGCGUCCGGCGUCGUCAACCGCGGCUGCCACGACGCGCCGUUCGAGGGCAUCGGCGGCGCCGAUCCGUGCGGCAACGGCGAGAUCCACGCCUGGGAAGAGCGCCGGAUGAACUUCAAGCACAUCUGGGGCGUGCUGAGCCCGCUGCUGCCGACGCGCCGCCGCUCCUUGCUCCUGCAGUGA